AUGCGUUCCUCUGCACUAUGCUGUCUGACUUCCUUACGAUUUCGCAUUCCUGCUCGCCCCGUUGCAAGGGCACUCUGUAAUGUGCCCCCAAGUCCAUCGAGUAGUUUGCCACUACCAGAUCUUGAAUUUAUCGACCUAUCCAACACCGCCAUCCUAGAAAAUGAAAUCGACUCGUUGCUUGUGAGACUUCCAUGUCUCAAGCACAUCCUUUUAGAUAAUUGCAACAUCUUUCGUGGAGAGCAACACCCCAAUGAUUGGAGAGCCUUCGGCAAACGAUGUGCACUGAUUGGAGUUCAGAGGUCUAAGGAACGAGAAAAGGUUUGGAAGGAAUAUCUUGAGUUGAGAGAUGCAUCCCGCCUAAUCAGCGAAGUGAAUGGUACUGGAGGUUCUUCUAAUGAGGGACGAAAAAUUAAACCUGGAAGGAGAGGGCUAGCCACCGCCACCAUAUCUUUACGUGGAGCUGAAAUUGUCACUUCGGCUGCCCCACGACGACCGUUGAUCCCUGCAGAUACCCCCACAACAGUUCCUGCUCUUGGUCCCCGCUCUACUACGGACCAGGGAUCCUCACGGACACCCAAGAAAAAAAAUGAAGGCUCCGAAAGCAUAAUACCUCAGGCAUCUCCGGCUAAACCCGUUUCGAUGCCCUUUCCUUCGUUAGUUUCUGCAAGCCUUCCGGAUAUCCAAGCGCAUUACAACAAAAAAGGUCAGAAGAGUUCUCCUGUACCGCCUUCGGGUUCACAAGAAUCUUCUGAAACGCGCCAGUCUGUCCCAUUAUACCCCAAACCUUCACCACCCGCCCCAAAAUCUAGUGAAGAGGCAGAAAUUGUCACCGGACAGGUGCAUUCCAAAAAGUCCAGAAAUAACUCAACGAGUAAAAACACAACAAAACGUGCAAAAAAACAAGAGAGAGUAAGAGUACUCCCGCCACUGCCAAGUUUGAUUUCUCUAUGUGUUACUUUACCCCCUCCUGUUGAAGAAAACGAUCAGUUGGCGAUCCAGAACCACUUUGGAGAAGGAUGGGUCGAAGGUAUCAAACAACUUCAGGCCACACGGGCCAGACUUCGGACCAGUGCUGCAAACGGAGUGAGGGUAAUGAGGUUUGCUGUCCAUAGUGACCCCCUAUCAACGAAACCCGAUUCUUCAGAGUCGGAGGGAAGUGAUAUGGACUCAAAAGGAAGCAACAAGGCGAGCGAGGGCGGGGCAAUCUCAAGUAACAUUGGUUUACAUGGCCUCGUGGACAUCGACCGUACGGAUCCUGAUGCAUUUGGGACAUAUCUAGAGGGAUCUACAACCUUGCAGGCGCCUAUUCUCUGCUUUGCUGGUCCAGGCAUAGGUGGUCAACAUAUGGAUAAUUGUGGACAUUCCGUAGCUUGGAAAAUUAUGAAAGAUGAUACCUGA